AUGGCUUUCCUCUUCAAAAGAAACCCUAAAACUCCACCUGACUUGGUCCGUGUCCUCAACGAGCUGUUGUACAAGCUCGAUCUACCCAACGACUCCAGAAAGUAUCAGGAUGAAUGUCUGCGAUACUUGAAACAGGUGAAAAUCGUACUUUAUGGAGACGAUGAAAAUGAUCCUCAACCUGACCAGAUCUCGCUGUUGUCGCAGGAGCUCUAUGCUCUGGAUUGCUUGUACCAUCUUCUUCAUAACUUGCGCAAGCUUGACUUUGAUCUGCGCAAGGAUGUGGUGCUCUUGUUUCUGACGCUUUUACGGCGCAAAAUCGGCAAUGAUCUGCCCACCGUGGACUACUUGGUGCAUCAGAAGCCCGAGAUUUUGGUACUCCUAAUGAAGAGUCCUGAACAUCAAGAAACGGCGCUUGUUUGCGGCCAAAUUUUACGAGAUUGUGCCAAAUUCGAGGUGAUCAAUAGAUUCAUCUUAUACCAUCCACUUUUCUGGAAUUUCUUCAAGUAUGCCCAGAUCCAUAUCUUUGAGAUUGCCACCGAUGUGUUUGUCACAUUGCAACAGCUUUUGUCCCAGCACAAGAAGCUUGUUUCCGAAUUUUCAGGCAAGCACUGUGAGCAGAUCACUACUAGCAUCAAUCAGCUUAUCAAAGCCGACAAUUACGUGACUAAACGUCAGAGCGUGCGUUUGUUGUCUGAAUUGGCAAUGCAAAAGCUGAAUCACUUGUUUCUCAUGUAUUAUUUUGAUGAUACAACGAGUCUUAAGUUGGUGAUGCUUUUGCUUAGUGAUAAGCUGAAGAACGUCCAAAUGGAGGCGUUCCAUCUCUUCAAGUUUUUCGUGGCGAAGCCCAAGAAGUCUCAGAAAGUGUUGGAUAUCUUGAUUAAAAACAAGGAAAACUUUGUGCAAUUCUUUAACAGCUUCGACGUGAGUGGUACGGGUACCAACAUUGUCGAUGAACGAGACUACAUCAUGGGCGAGAUCCAAAAGUUGCCGGAUAUCGAGCGUAUCCAUUAG